UGAGGGCUGGCAGCUUAUUAUGUAUACAUAUACGUACAUACACACACACACACACACACACAUAUAUAUAUAUAUAUAUAAUAACCAUCUUAAGAUUCUAAACGCCCCACCCCCCUCCGGCGGCGGAACUGCGAGGCCUUCGUGCGGCAUGCUCCCUAGGCCUCGAAAACCCGCCUUUCAAUCCCUUCUCUCCGCCGCCCUCCGCCGCCACUUCUCCACCUCCGUCAAGCCUUCGUCGACGGCCACCACCUCCUCCGGAGGCGUCGCGCUCUAUCUCCGCCGCGCCCGCCUCAUCGACUCUCUCCGCCGUCGCCUUCGCUCCUCCACCAUCCCCGACUUUUCCUCCUCUCUCGACUCCUUCGUCGCCGUCCAUGCCCUCCGCGCCGCCCCCUCGCCGGACUCCGCCCUCCUCCUCUUCCGAUCCCUCCCCUCCCCUCACCACCCUCUCCUCCUCCGCUCCCUCGCCACCCGCCUCGCACUCUCCGGCCGUCUUCCUGAUCUCCUCCCCCUCCUUCCUGACCUUCAUCCCUCCCCCAUUGACCUUCUCCGCUGGUUCUCCGCUGCCGGCGACACCACCUCCGCCCUAACCGCCUGGUCUUCCCUCCGCUCUACCGCCGUCUCCCGGCGCCACCACCCCUGCACAGAAUCCUACAACCUCAUCAUGGCUCUCCACGUCUCUACCGCCUCCCACUCCGACGCGAUCGCCGUCUUCUCCCAAAUGAUCUCCGACGGGGCAAACCCUAAUUCCCGCACCUACACCAUCAUCAUCGACCACCUGAUCAAAGCCGGCUACCUCGACCCUGGGAUGGAGAUCUUCACCCUCCUCCCAUCCAUGCGGAUCCGCCGCACUUCGCGCCAGUACGACGUGCUCGCGUCCGCGUUCUCAUCCUCCAAUCGCUUCGACGAUCUCCGGAAACUCCUCGCCGAGAUGGAGAUUGACGGAAUCUUACCCGGCCGCGGCGUCCGUGCGGCGAUCAUCGCGAUGAGGGCCACCGGCCACACCGCUGGCACUGAAAACUACAUCCAAGAGAUAACUCCGGACGAGAGGAUCCAGUACAUUGUUGAUUCCGGCGACGAAGAGGAGGAGAACGACGGCAAUGAUCGGAUGGAUCUGAAGCCAUGGAUGGAUCCCGGUGCAUUGGCGAGCGCUUUGGAGGGCUGGGAUGCGGAGAACGUGAGGGCAUUAGAAGAAGCGAGGUUCGUCUGGACGACGAGGCUGGUGUGCAAGCUCCUCCGAGCUUUCAAGAAGCCGGAGACGGCGUGGGCGUUCUUCAGUUGGGUGGCGUGCCAACCUGGAGGCUUUGCCCACGAUAAGCACACCGUGUCGCGGAUGAUCGCCAUUCUCGCAAAGCACGGCCACUGUGAGCUCGUCGAUCGUCUCCUCACCAAGGUCCAAUCCGAAGGAAUCCUCCUCCCAUUCGCCACCAUCCGCUUGAUCAUCGACUUCUACGGGCUUUCAAAGAAGCCAGACGCCGCCAUGAAAGUACACCGCGAGGCCUCCAAGCUCUGCGGUCCAAUCUCGCACGCCAACUGUUUGUUAUUAUGCUCUUCGAUGCUCCGCACGCUGCUGAAGUCUCGAAAGGGGGAUUCCGCCAUGGAUUUCUUGGAGGAUAUGAUGAUGAACGGGAUGAUUCCAGAUCUGCAGACGUUCUCCGGAUUGAUGGAGUUCUUCGCCGGCGACGGUGAUCUGAAGAGAGUGCACAGAGUGUUCGGGAUGGUGAGGGAAUGCGGGAUGGUGCCGGACGCGUUCAUGUUGCAAGUGGUGAUGCGCGCGUACUGCAAGAAAGAGCGCGCGGCGCUUGCACUGAGGGUGUUCGAUGAAAUGCGGAGCUUGGGGUUGGUGCCGGAUCGAGUGGCGAAGGAGCUGCUGGUGAAGAGCUUGUGGAAAGAGGGGAAGCUCAGGGAGGCUGCGCAGGUGGAGGAGAAGUGUGAGGAUUUGGCGCAGGAGCUGCCCAUGGCCACGCCGGGACAUGUUUGGACGGUGAGUUUAAUGGAUUUUAAGAAAGUUUUUGAUAUUUAUUCUGGUUGUUUUUCUAACAUUCAUCAUCAACAUGAUUAAUUUUGGUUUUAUUUAUUUAUUUUUAAUUAUAUUUUUGUUAUAAUUAGUCGAUAAAAUGGAAUGUAUUAUGUUUAUUAUAAAUUGAAUUAUAUGGUACUUAACCAGUAGUGUAGUAUUUCACA